GCUUUGUUUUUUUUCAGGUUGAUGGAAAACUACACCUACAACAGCUUCACACUCCAACUCGAGGGGUUAAAUGUUUCUAAGGAUUUUCUCUACCCCACCUUUCUCUUCUCCUUUUUCUCCUACCUGUUUAUAAUGGUUAUAAAUUGUGGCAUUGCUGUUCUGAUUUUCUCUAAGAUGAAACUUCACCAGCCAAUGUAUCUGCUUUUUUGCAACUUGCCAGUGAAUGAUAUACUUGCAAACUCGAUUGUGGUACCCCGUCUGCUCAUAGACCUGAUGAGACCUCCUUCUGAGCGCCUCAUCAGUUAUUACGAGUGUGUUGUUCAGGCUUUCAUUGCACAUUUGGUUGGUACCACCAGUCACACUGUGCUCAUGAUUAUGGCCUUUGACAGAUAUGUGGCCAUCUGUAAUCCUCUGCGAUAUGCUUCCAUAAUGACCAACAAAAUGGUGAUCAAGCUGACAGUUUCUGCCUGGGGAGUGGCCUUCGUUCUGGUUGGGAUUCUGCUCGGUCUGACCAUACGGCUGAGUAGAUGCAGGACUAUGAUCACAAACCCAUACUGUGAUAAUGCCUCAUUGUUUAAACUCUCCUGUGAAAAUGCAUUUAUUAAUAAUGUCUAUGGACUCACUUUUACUGGGGUCCUGUUUGCAGGUUCUAUUGGUUCUAUAGUUCUCACCUAUACUAAAAUUACAAUUGUUUGUCUGACCAGUAAGAACAGAUCUUUGAACAGUAAAGCCUUGAAGACCUGUAGCACCCACCUGGUUGUUUAUUUGAUUAUGAUUUUUUGUGGAAUGUCACUUAUUACUUUGCAUCGCUUUCCUCAAUACAAUGAUUACAGGAAAAUCUGUGCUAUUCUCUUUCGUAUUGUUCCUGGCAGCCUCAACCCCAUAAUAUAUGGUGUGCAGUCCAAAGACAUAAAAAAAGUCCUGUUAAAGUUUUGUGCAUCCAAGAAAAUUUUGGCAUCAUAA